AUGAUGAUAGAAAAUUUAAUACUAUUUAUUUUAUUAACAUUAAUCAAAAUUAUUAAAACUAUUCCAUCAAAUUCAUAUUAUUUAAUUGAUAUCAAUAUUAAUGUAUCGAUAACUAAUUAUAGUUAUUGUUCGAAUAUAACAAUUUAUAAAGAUUUAUAUCAUAUUCCUAAUCAAUGUCAUAAACAUCUUCUUUGUGAUUCAUAUAAUUGUGAUGAUAAAUUAUUUCGUUGUGUUAAAAUUCGUGAAACAUUAUGUUGUUUACAUGAUUUUAUUCAAAAUAAUUGUCAAAAAGAAAAUUUAAAAGAUCAAUUUCGUUCGAUUUAUUUUCAUGCAUCAAUUCAACAUGGAUAUUGUGAAAUAAAUUUAGAGCGAAUUGAACAAAAUGAUCGUUCAUAUUGUAUUGCAAACUAUCUUGAAACUACAACAACUCGUUCAUCUUUAAAACGAUUCUAUCGAUAUCGACAUCGAUUAACUACACAGUUAUCAAAUGUACAAUAUGAAACAAUGAAUAUUACAUCAAAAUCUUCGUUUAUUUAUAUAAACGUUAUCAUUUUAUACUUAUCCGUAUUACUAUAG